AUGAAGAAAUCUCAUUUGCCAAAAGAUAUACAUAAGACAUAUGACACGAUCUUCAGCAUCGCGCAUGGUAACAACUUCAUUCCCGGUGCAGUAGAAGAAGAGUUGAGGAACAACGAUCAACAUAUCUUGCCGCAGUGGUUCUUUGAACAUCCCAGUAGUAAAACGCUAGAAUACAGUGAUGAACUCGCCGCUAUGAGAUAUACAAGAGGCUACAAUUUCGCGUCAGACACAAGGCGCUUCAGACCUUUUCCAGCACUAAAACACGAGAUCAUUACACACGCAAACAUCAUCAAACCCUUCGUCCCUGAUGUGCGAACCGAUUCGUACUUCAACAUGACAAAGUCGAAGAUGAUUGACUGGGGAGUUACCCUAUCGCCCUCAGAAGUGACAACACAACACAUCAGCAAGAUAUUUGACAGCCUCACGCAUAAUAAACGUUCCAUCAACCAGAGGAUCUACGGACCUGUUAAGAACAACCCAAUCGCAGUAUCGAUUGAGGUAAAAGUCACAAGCGGAUCACUUGAACAAGCAAGAGGACAAUUAGGACUUUGGACAGCGGCAUGUCAUCGACGGAUGAUUCUGCCUCGCAAGAGCGAGGAGGAGAUUAUUGCAGUGCCGCUUGUUAUGGUUAUGGAACAUCAGUGGAAACUAAUUUUUGCUGUUGGUCGAGGAGAUGCAAUUGAUAUUGUUGAGGAUAUAAGAAUGGGUGAUACGAGAAAUUUGCCAGGAUUAUAUCGCAUCAUUGUAGUCUUGAGAGAAUUGGCCAUCUGGAUAGAGAUGGACUAUCUUGCUUCGUUGGAUAGUUGGCUUGGUCUUGUACCUCCUCCGGAUACUGCGGCUGAAUUGUAG